AUGCAUGAUGAACCCGAAAAGAAGAAAAAAGGGUUGAGACUGUAAGUCUCCCUCUUCAGAAAGACUCAGUUGAGGUUGUUUACUUUUACAGAACUCGUAAAUCAACUAGGAAAAUGAUAGAAAAAUGGACAAAACUGGGUUCGGACGAAGCAGAAACGACAGUAGUCGAGGAACCGGAGGAGCCGGUUGUGAAGAGAGUGCUCGGAUUGUCACUGGCCGACGCCGUGGCCGCUAAUCCGUCAUUGGACGGACAGCCACUGCCCGCUUUCUUCCGAUACGCUCUCGAUUUCGUGGAGGAAAACGGGCUGGGCACAGAGGGAAUCUACAGAUUAUCACCGCCGAAAAGCAGGCUGGAUGAGCUGGAGAGAAGAGCGAAUUGCGGCGAACCUAUGGUAUUCGCAGAUGCACACGAUGCCGCGGGGCUCAUUAAACGGUGAGGAUUUGCAUGGAAACCUGGUAGAAAGCGGUAUUUUCUCAGAUUUCUUCGUCAGAUACCGGAGCCAGUGGUUCCUCCGGAGUUCGAUUUGAUCGCCGAGUCUUGCCAAUGUGGACUGCCAUUAACGAGCCAGCUGACCGCCCGAUUAGUUUGCGUCUGUGGAGCGUCUCGGCACAUGAAGGAAGCAUUGAACACGUUGGCACCCGAACGGAGAACACUGUUUGUAUACGUCUUCUUGCACGCUCAAAACGUUAUGGCACAGGUAAAAAGAGAGGAAAACUUGACGGGGUGAGCAGUUUUCAUUUCAGGAAAAGGCGAACAAAAUGGGACUGCAGGCUCUUGGUCUCUUGCUCCAAACAGUGCUCGAAAUGUCACGGAAAAUGAUUUGUUUUUGUGCGCAUGCUAUCCGACCGACGGACGGAAUCGCAGUUCAAGAAGUAAGCGGGAAAAGAUUUGAAGUGUUUAUUGCAAUUUGUCAGAGUUUCAGGCAUGUUAUUUGGUGGGCGAGGACACAAGAAUCAUCAAGUAA